GGUCAGGUGAUCUAAGAGCAGAAUAGGACAUUAACUAGUAGGACGCAGGUAUGACGUCACACACAGACAACGUUGUAGUAGUACUCGUUUGAUGCUUCUACGAUUGUGUUGCCACUGGAGACAGCAUGCGAGGAACCAUGACUGACACGUUGCCAAUGAUGAGAAUUGGAGUUGUGGGAUAUGGACAUUUAGGGCAGUACCUUGUGGAGCGGCUCCAGAGAGAAGGGGCCCAUGUGGGCCUGACAUUGGUCUUUGUGUGGAACAGAAACACUGACAAACUCAGAGAAUCAGUGACUGAGGAGCUGAUUCUACACAACCUCCCAGACUUUACAGACAGGGGUGCUGAUGUGAUUGUGGAGGUGUGUCAUCCCAAAAUUGUAAAAGACUUUGGAAUCCAGUUCCUCUCUAAGGCCCAUUUUCUGGUGGGCUCUCCCUCAGCCCUCUCAGACCCACAGCUGAACCAGGAACUGCGCCAGGCUGCAGACCAUCAUGGGAGGACCCUUUAUGUCCCCAGUGGUGCAUUGUGGGGAGGCCAGGACAUCUUGAGACUCAAUGAUAGUGGAUCUUUAAAGGCACUGUUCAUACGGAUGUCCAAGCACCCGUCAUGUUUCCGUCUGACAGGAGACGUGCUGUCUGAUUGGACAGAGGAUGAGGGGAGGCGGGUCUUAUUCAGUGGCUCGGUGGCAGAGCUCUGUCCCGUCGCUCCUAACAACGUCAACACCAUGGCAGCAGCGGCCAUCGCAGCGGGGACCCUGGGUUUCGCUGGCGUCCAGGGGGAGAUUGUGUCGGACACGGCACUAAGUGAUUACCAUGUGGUGGAGGUGUAGGUCACUGGUCCCAAUGGCUUCACAGUGCAUACAGUGAGGAGGAACCCAGCCAAACUGGGAGCUGUUACUGGGAGUGCUACCUACAACUCCUUCUGGAGCAGCUUACUGGUUUGCAAGGGGCAUGGCGGCCGGGUUUACUUGUGCUGAAGAGGGAGGGAUUUCAGAAGACAAUUCCCUCUACUAACCAAACAC